UCAAUCUUUUGUAGGUGACGAAGAAGUAAAGGGGAGCGGAAAUUUGCACAAUAAUCAUUACAGUUUGAAAAAUCCCAUUCUUUUGGAUUGGAAUGAGGACGACAAGUGGUUCGUGCCCACCAAGGCUAGUGAAACAGUUGAAAAUAAAAUAAAAAAACAAAACUUCCUUACAGUUGUUGGGAAUUCUGGAUCCGGAAAGUCAGCCAUUAUACAACACAUUGCCCUGAAAUACAAGCGACAGGGGUGGGAUGUUAUUCCUGUUCACGACGUUACGAAAAUAGAAGAAGCCUGCUCUACUGAACUUUCUAAGAAAAUGUUUGUGUUUCACGAUCCGAUUGGGAAAGAGUCUCUCAUUGAUUUUGAAUAUGAAAAAUGGAAAAGAUAUGAGAGGACAUUGAAAACUUAUCUGAAAGAAGUGAAAAUUCUUUUGUCGUGUAGAUUGUGUGUGUUUCACGAUGAAAGAUUGAAAGGAAUAAUGAAGGAAACCAAUAACUCAAUAAGAAUAGAUGAUGGAGCGUGUAAGCUCUCCAGAGACGAAAAACGAAAAAUACUGCAUCAGUAUACAGAAAAUGUUAAGUUUGCAGAAGACGAGACAGAGGAAAUAAUAAAAUCAGAUGCUUACUUUCCAUUGCUUUGCAAAUUGUAUUCCAUUGAAUCGAAAUAUGAGAAAAGAGGACUUAGUUUCUUCAAGAAUCCAUUUGAGGUAGUCAGAGAAGAAAUUGAAAUUUAUCAGAACAGUGAAAGAGCUAACGAGAAAUCGAAGUACUGCUCUCUGAUUUUCCUUGUUGUUUUCAACAACAAUGUAAAGGUAAAUGAUAUGGAGGAUUGUCCCAACUCGCAUUUUCCAGAUGAAAAAUAUGAAGACAUUCUUAGAAUGAGUGGUCUUCCCGACAACACACCAAUCACAAGCGUGAUUACAGGUUUUAAAUCACUGGAAGGGUCCUUUGUCAGGUGUGUGGGUAAUUCCUAUACAUUCAUUCACGAUUUUGUUCAGGAGAUAACUACGGUUGUUAUUGGAGCUAGAUUCCCCAAACAAACAAUCAAAUAUGCAGACAGCGGCUUCCUACGACGAAGAGUGAAAAUAGAAGAUGACAAACAAGAGCGUAACCCUUUCACUGUUUACUUGACUGACGGGUACAUCGAUGAUCUUGUGCAAAGGUUUUUGUUAGAUAUACAGACGGAAGAUUUGCUUGAUGUGGUCCUCAAUCCAUGUUUACAAAAUAAGAAAGUAAUUGAGUCCUUCAUAAAACACUUAGAAAAGGAAAUUGAUGUUUCGCUCGAUCUAAAACGUAAACUUGUGAAAGUCGAUGAAUAUGAAUUUGGAAAGUUAAAGGAAAACAACUUGAUCUCAAGACUUGGUUUCUUUUUAACUCAAGAGGAGGUAACUCCGCUAAGUGCUCUAAUUAUAUUUUGCCAUGAUGAGAUAGCUUUAUCCUGCUUAAAGAAUUACCAACUAUCUGAUAAAUUUUCAACGUUUGCUUCCAUAUGCGCCAAUGGAAAUACGACAUUAUAUGACGUUUAUUUGCAAAAGUAUGCUGUUGAAUUCUCUAAUGUGGUAUGGGGAGGAUUUUAUGCCUUACACAUAGCAUCAUUGUUUCAUAACUUUGAAUUGACUCAAACACUCAUUGGUCAUACCAAGAGCAUAAAUAUGUUUGACGAUCACCGUUUUACAUCGUUGAUGUGUGCGGUAUUGAAUGAUGGAGAAGCCAAUUCAUUAACUACAACAGAUUCCCUAGCCACAAUUCAGUGCCUACUAACCAAUGGCGCCGAUAUCAAUUUAUGUAACAAUGAUGGACUCAGUCCUCUAUUUAUAGCGUGUCAUAAUGGACAUGACAGCACGGUAAAACUGUUACUGAACAAUGGCGCCAAUAUUAAUUUAUGUAUGAAGAAUGGAGUCAGUCCUCUAUAUAUAGCGUGUCAGAAUGGACAUGACAGAACGGUACAACUGUUACUGAACAAUGGGGCCGAUAUUAAUUUAUGCAUGAAGAAUGAAGCCAGUCCUCUAUAUAUAGCGUGUCAAAAUGGACAUGACAGCACGCUACAACUGUUACUGAACAAUGGCGCCGAUAUUAAUUUAUGUAUGAAUAAUGGAGCCAGUCCUCUAUAUAUAGCGUGCCAAAUUGGGCAUGACAGCACGGUACAACUGCUACUGAACAAUGGCGCCGAUAUUAAUUUAUAUAUGAAGAAUGGAGCCAGUCCUCUAUACAUAGCGUGUGAAAAUGGACAUGAUAGCACGGUACAACUGUUACUGAACAAUUGCGCCGAUAUUAAUUUAUAUAUGAAGAAUGGAGCCAGUCCUCUAUAUAUAGCGUGUGAAAAUGGACAUGACAGCACGGUACAACUGUUACUGAACAAAGGCGCCGAUAAUAGUUUAUGUACAGAGAAAGGAGUCAGUCCUCUAUAUAUAGCGUGUCAAAAUGGACAUGACAGCACAGUUCAACUAUUGCUGAACAAAGGCGCCGAUAAUAGUUUAUGUACAGAGAAAGGAGUCAGUCCUCUAUAUAUAGCGUGUCAUAAUGGAGAUGACAGCACAGUACAACUGUUACUGAACAAUUGCGCCGAUAUUAAUUUAUGUGACAAUGAUGCAACCAGUCCUCUAUAUAUAGCGUGUCAUAAUGGACAUGACAGCACGCUACAACUGUUACUGGACAAUGGCGCCGAUAUUAAUUUAUGUAUGAAGAAUGGAGCCAGUCCUCUAUAUAUAGCGUGUCAAAAUGGACAUGACAGCACGGUACAACUGUUACUGAACAAUGGCGCCGAUAUUAAUUUAUGUAUGAAAAAUGGAGCCAGUCCUCUAUAUAUAGCGUGUCAAAAUGGACAUGACAGCACAGUACAACUGUUACUGAACAAUGGGGCCGAUAUUAAUUUAUGUGAGGAGAAUGGAGCCAGUCCUCUAUAUAUAGCGUGUCAAAACGGACAUUACAGCACAGUACAACUGUUGCUGAACAAAGGCGCCGACAAUUGUUUAUGUACAGAGAAAGGAGUCAGUCCUUUAUAUAUAGCGUGUCAUAAUGGACAUUACAUCACGGUACAACUGUUGCUGAACAAUGGCGCCGAUAUUAAUUUAUGUGACAAUGAUGGAGCCAGUCCUCUAUACAUAGCGUGUCAAAAUGGACAUGACAGCACGGUACAACUGUUGCUAAACAAUGGCGCCGUUAUCAAUUUAUGUGACAAUGAUGGAGACAGUCAUCUUCAUGCAGCUCGUUAAAAUGGACAUGACAAUAUCGAACAACUGUUGCUGAACAAUGGCGCCGAUAUUAAUGUAUGUGACAUUGAUGGAAAUAAUCCACGACAAUACCUUUACUUUUCUAUAAGAAGAUGACUAAGUAGAAGAGUGAGGAUGGAAUCACGGAAUAAAAUUCAUGAAACCCUGUCCCAAUAGACAUACCUUAUCAUGCUAGGAUGUGUUAUGUCACUAAACUGUUAUUCUAUUUCGGCCAAACGUACACCUUACAACAUUGUUAUUAAAUUAAUGUGGAAAUCUAUAACAAAAUUUCAUGUAAAGAAUUUUAUGUGUGAAAUGAUUGCACCAUCAAGAAAGAGAUACAAUGUCGGAAUUAUUUCAUAUGAAUUUUUUUUUCAGUUUUCCCAGGUUAAUAAAAUGAGCACGACAGUGUCACCGUAUCAUUCUACUCUAAUAGAAAAAAAUAGUUUCUAAGAUUUAGAACAGCGUAAAAAUAAUUUCAAAAGUCUUUUCUACUAUUUAAAAAGUUGUUUUACGAUUUACAAACAUUGCUUCGAUGAUUUACCACAUACCUGGUUAUUUUUGCGUAUCACUAAUUUUGCGAAAGUACCCCCAAAACAUACUAUAUCGUAUGAGCGUACUUCUUUUCAUUUGUAGAAACUACUUUUCAGAUCGUGUCUACGAUUUGCUACAUGGUAGAAACUAUUCAUGUAAAACUUAUACGGUACCAAUUUUGAUGGACCAGGGGCGCGUUUUACAAAAGAACUUACGACUUACGACAAACUUUACAUACUGGAAUUUUCCGGUUUAUUGUAAGGUCAUUCACCCCAAAUGCAAAAUAUAUCUUUAAAUUGUUGAAAAUUAAGACUCGGAAAGGUUUCACUUUAUUCACUUAAAGUAAAAACUGUGUAAUACAAUUUAAGACUUGCGACUUUACCGUAAGUUGUUUGGUAAAACGGACCCCAGAUGCGCAUUUCGACAAAUAAUGUCUCUUCAGUGAUGCUCAACCGAAAUGUUUGAAAUCCGAAAUAACUAUGAAGUUUUAGAGCUAAAUAUAGCCAAAAACAGCGUGCCAAACAAGUGGAGCCAAAUUCGUCCAAGGAUAAGAGCUAUGCAUGAGGGAGAUAAUCCUUAAUUUUGAAAUGAAUUUCUAAAUUUUAUAACAGCAAUUAAAUAUACAUCCGUAUUUUCAAGCUAGUAACAAAGUACUUAGCUGCUGGGCUGUAGAGACCCUCGGGGACUAACAGUCCACCAGCAGAGGCCUCUACCCAGGGGUCAUAAUGUAAAACGUAUACGGUACCAAUUUUGAUGCACCAGAUGCGCAUUUCGACAAAUAAUGUCUCGUCAGUGAUGCUCAACCGAAAUGUUUGAAAUCCGAAAUAACUAUGAAGUUUUACGUUACGUUACGUUAUAUUAUUUUUUGUAAACUGGAGUGAUUUUGCCUGUAGCUAUUCGAUUUCAGUCGCCAAAUAAUAAAUCAAUUGUUGUUCUCUCUCUCUCUCUCUCUCUCUCUCUCUCUCUCUCUCUCUCUCUCUCUCUCUCUCUCUCAUUCCGUGAUGCUAAAGUUUCACGAUCUGCCACAAGAGUAUCACUUACGGAGCACCACACACGGAGAUUCGCAUGUCACAUUAUAGGAAAAUCAGGAAUAUAACACAAUAGGCUGAUUUGUGCAAAACUUAUAUCAAACAUUAUUUUAGUAUUGUACAUGUUUAACAUUUACUUUCAUGCAUCAACCAUUUUCGAAUCUUGGUUAUUUCAAGAAUAUUUUCUCGUGCUGGGCGAUUUUCUAUGGAAUUCUAUCGCUGCCAUACACGUAUGCUACAUCAUACUACCGCCGUAAUGAUACGAUGUAGUGCAAGAUAGCAAUAGGAUCCCAUAAGUUUCUUAAUCUUAAUAUGCACUGUAUAGACAUGUACUGCACCUCACAGGUCGUGUCUUUUUAACAUUGUCAGUAUGCAAGAAAUAAUAUACAGUAUGUGUGCAGUAUAUGAAUUUCAUAUCCAUGCAUUAAAAAAAGGUUUAAUAUUCAAAUCCAUGUAUUGCUGAUCAAUUUUGCGAAAAGUUUCUGUGUAUUAUAAAAUACUUGAAUUCCACUAGAUUUGAUACUUUUUAGCUUUGUUUCUGCUGUUUAUGAUUAUACAUAUAUUAUAUACACGCACAUGUGAAUAUUGUAAAAGUGGCAUAAAUGUUAUGGUUAUGUAAUUUAUAAUUGAAUAAAUCAA